GAGUGAGCGUGCGUGUGCCUGCAGGUGACGUUAGCUGCGAAUCGUGUGGCCGUCUUUGGGGGGGGACCGAGGGAACGACGUGAAGUCCUCCAGAAGAGUAGUGAGGAUGCUCUUAUCUCUCAGAACAGCUUAUCCAUCCACAUUGGGCUGUUCAGUGUGCAAGAGGGCUGCCAGUGUUCCAUUUUGACCCCUUUUGCUCAUUUUUUACAUUCUGACUUUAGCCAAGCUCUGAACCCUUUGACUUUUUUUAUUCUUUGCUAUUUAUAUUUCUGGUUCAGAGGGUGGCACAAUUAACUGGCAAGAAGAGGACUGCUGGAAUGCUGCAUUCAUAGUGUAUGUCUGUGCUUAAUACCACAAGUAAAACACUACAAACAUUAAGCUCUUUUUGGACCCAUCUUUCAAUUGGGCCUGCCUUGAAUAUUCCCUGGUGUGGAUUACUCUUAGGGACAAUUUAUCCCUCCUUCCCUUGCGCCUCCCUAUACUGACCCCUGGAUUCGAUCCAAAAAUGUCCAGGCAGAGUGCCCUUACUGCUGCUGUAGCAACUGUGCUGGGUGCCACCUUGGGGGGCCUGUUGUUAUGGCGAGCCCUCAGGACCCAGCGGAAGAAGCUCCUUCCAGGCCAAGCGGAGCCGGCCGCAGUGGAAGAAGAGCAGCUGAAGGCUGUGGAACUCGAGACGGUGGCUGCCCAGCUGCAGCCCGCACAGCUGACCCCUGCUCUGCCCCCUGCUCCGCCGCCCCCUCCGCCCCCCGCUCUGCCCCCUCUGCCGCCCCCUGUGGAGCAGCAGCUGUCGGUGCAGCCGGUGGUGGUGAGCUCUGAGGAGGAGUGGGAGCAGCUCUGGCCCUCCCUGCAGAAGGAACUUUCGGUUUACCCCGUGCUGGGCCUAGACUGUGAAUGGGUAAAGACCCCUGGUGUGUCGGUGAAGGGCAGGGCCAGCACCGUCUCUCUGCUGCAGAUGGCCUCUUACACGGGCCUCUGCGCGCUGGUGCGGCUGCCGCAGUUCCGCGGUGCCAAGCGGCCGCUGCCCAGCAGCCUCCUGGGUGUCCUGCGUGACGCGCACGUGCUGAAGGUGGGCGUCGGCUGCUACGAGGAUGGCAAGCGCCUCGCGCGCGACCACGGCCUGGCUCUCGGCUGCACCGUGGACCUGCGCUACCUUGCCCUGAGACAGAGGCAAGCGGUGUUGAACAAUGGUCUAAGUCUGAAAUCCCUGGCAGCGGAUCUGUUGAACAUCCCACUGGACAAGUCCCUGGAGCUGCGCUGCAGUAACUGGGAGGCGGAUCAGCUGACCCUGGAGCAGAUGACCUACGCUGCUCGGGAUGCUCAAGUUUCCGUCGCCAUCUUCUUCCACCUUCUGGGCCUGAACUCCAGCCCCUUCCCCAGCCCCACUGCGGACACAAAGACGGUCUUUUCCCAGCUGUCAUCGCACUGCCAGGGCCUGGUGGACGUGCCGUUCCGGGGGCGGAAUCUGGGGGACGGGGAGGUGAGGGGCGUCGACGGAGAGAGGAGGCGGCGAAGCAGGAGGAACACGUCCGAUAGCUCUGGGUCUGGCGACCAGCAAGUACCAGAUCCCCGCAAGCACCGACACAAGCCCCUCGGCGUCGGCUACUCUGCCAGGAAGUCUCCUCUCUAUGACAACUGCUUCCUCUAUGCCCCGGACAGCCAGCCCCUUUGCACCUGUGACAAGAAGAAGGCAAAGUGGUACUUGGAUAAGGGCAUUGGAGAGCUCCUAAGCGAAGACCCUUACAUUGUGAGGCUGAAGUUUGAACCGUCUGGACGGCCUGACUCCCAGCACGAUUACUAUCUCACCGCCAAGGAGAACCUGUGUGUGGUGUGCGGCAAGAUGGAAACCUACAUUAGGAAGAACAUCGUUCCGCACGAGUACCGGCGGCACUUCCCUGCAGAGAUGAAGGACCACAACUCCCACGACAUCCUGCUGCUGUGCACCUCCUGCCACGCGGCCUCCAACGUGCACGACGGGCUGCUGAAGCAGCAGCUGGCGGAGGAGCACGGCGCACCGCUGGCCUGCGAGGAGGGCGUGCGCGUGCUGGAGGACUCGGACCGGCGGCGCGCCCGCUCGGCCGCCCGGGCCCUCCUCACCGCCGGCGACGGGCUGCCGGACUCGCGCCGGGAGGAGCUCCACAGCAUCGUCAGGAACUUCUUCAGCGAGGAGCAGCAGCAGGAGCUGACCACGGAGCAGCUGCAGGUGGCGGCCGACCUGGAGACCAGGAUCUUUAACGAGAGCUACGUGCCCCACGGGCUGAAAGUGGUGCGGGCGUAUGCCAAGAGAGGCCUGCAGGGCCUGAUGGAGCUGGAGAGACGCUGGCGCCAGCACUUCCUGUCCACCAUGCAGCCACGCCACCUGCACCCGCUCUGGUCGGUCGACCACAACCACGCCAAGUUCCUGCGCAAGUACGGAGAGGACCUGCACAUCACGAUCAACUGAGGCUCCUCCCGUCCCCCGGCGCAGCGCAGUGCAGCGUGGAGCGGAAAGGGUAGGGGGAAGGGUGAGGUGGGGGAGGGCGGAGCAGACGUGUCGGUGUGCGCCCAGUCUCUGGCUGGCUGGGUGAGGCCGUCUCGCCCUCCUUCCACGUCACAGAGAGUGCCACAGAGACACUGAAAUGCCAGUCUGCUGGCCCAGCUGACCCAGGACCCAGGAGGGGUCAGAAUCAGAAAAACAGGUUUUUUUUCUUUUCUUUUCAGAGGAGAA